AUGGCGCCCGCGAAGGCCGGCGGCAAAGGGGCCCUGGUGCUGCAGUGCGAAUGGGAGCGCUGCUCGUACGUGGCCUCGCAGAUGGAGGAGUUUUGCGAGCAUGUGGCGCAGCACCUGCAGCAGCACCUGGCCAAGGAGCGCCGGGACGAGAUGGACCCUCUCGAGGAAUACACGUGUUUGUGAAAAAAAAGUUCCCUGGAGAGCUCAGCUGACCUCACUCGCCACGUCUAUUUCCACUGCUACCACACCAAGCUGAAGCAGUGGGGGCUGCGGGCCCUGCAGAGCCAGUCAGAUGUGAGCCAUUGCCAGCUGGAUUUCCAGAGCCGCAAUAUCAUUCCUGAGAUCCAGGACAACUUCCUGUGUCUGUGGGAGUACUGUGAGAGAUCAUUUGAUAAUCCCGAGUGGUUCUAUCGGCACGUGGAGGAUCACAGCUUCUGUUCAGAGUACAAGGCAAGAGGGAAGGAGAACCAUGUGGUCCUCUGUGGUUGGAAAGACUGCGAUUGCACCUUCAAGGGGCGCUGCAAACUGCGGGAGCACUUGCGCAGCCACACACAGGAGAAGGUGGUGGCCUGUCCUACCUGUGGCGGGAUGUUUGCCAACAACACCAAAUUCUUUGACCAUAUCCGCCGUCAGACUGCCCUGGACCAGCAGAGGUUUCAGUGUUCUCACUGCUCCAAGAGGUUUGCCACAGAGAGACUGCUCCGUGACCAUAUGAGGAACCAUGUGAACCAUUACAAGUGCCCAAUGUGUGACAUGACCUGCCCGCUGCCCUCCUCCCUGCGCAAUCACAUUCGUUUUCGGCACAGUGAGGAGCGGCCAUUCAAGUGUGACUACUGCGACUACAGCUGCAAGAAUCUCAUUGACUUGAGGAAACACAUGGAAACACACAGCAAAGAGCCAGCCUAUCGCUGCGAGUUUGAGGCUUGUAGCUUCACUGCACGUUCCCCCUGCUCCAUCAAACUGCACUGCCGGAAAGUCCAUGAGGGUGACUGCGAACCCCGGUACAAGUGCCAUGUCUGUGACAAGUGCUUCACACGUGGAAACAACCUCACUGUCCACCUCAGGAAGAAACAUCAGUUCAAAUGGCCCUCAGGACAUCCUCGCUUCAGGUACAAGGAACAUGAGGAUGGCUACAUGAGGCUGCAGCUGGUGCGUUACGAAAGUGUGGAGCUGACAGAGCAGCUACUGAAGGAAAGAGAGAAGCGGGGUGAGGCCCUGGAUGGCUCAGCUGAGUGUGUGGUGCUGUCUGAGGGUGAGGGCAACCUGCAGGGCAUCAUUCUGGAGGCCCCAGCAGAGCCUCAUCCACCUGAAUACCAUGUUCCUGAGCUGCAGGUGACCCUGCUACCCCCAACCCCUCGCUGUGCUGCCAACCCUGAGCCAGCACAGCCCAGUGCCUUCCCAGGAGCAGAACUGUCAUCGGGGCAAGAACCUGGCACCCCAGCCAACCCCGUCAUCCAUGUGGUGAACAGGACCAAUGAGCAUGGGGAGACUGAGACUGUGUAUUAUGUCAUGGCCAGCACCUCAUCAGAGGAGCAAGCAGCACAGGGUGCCAGCCCUGCACUGCCCUCAGGAACAUCCCUGUCCCCAGUGAACUGCGGGCGACCCGAAGCGGAUUUCCACUCGGUGGUGCACGGCAAUGACUGGUGGGUCGGCUCGGUGGUGCGCACCCAGGACCACCUGGGAGCCUUCCUCAAACGUGGCUGCAUCAAGAUCUCGGGCUGUGUCACCAAGCACUCGGGCUGGGCCCGCUGGUUCCUGCGCUGCGAUGUCUGCGAAUGCGACUGCUAUGUCCCGUGCG